AUGUUGGUUGGCUAUAAUCCCGUGGUGCAAACCUUCUUUGGGACGCUAUUUACAUGGGGUCUCACCGCAGCUGGAGCGGCAUUAGUCUUUGUAUUCCAGGGUGGAAAGAGGAAGGUCCUUGAUGGCAGUCUAGGUUUUGCAGCAGGGGUGAUGACGGCAGCUUCCUAUUGGUCGCUUCUAGCCCCUGCGAUAGAAAUGGCGGAACAGUCAGGAAUGUAUGGGGCUCAGGGACAGUGGGCAUUCAUCCCAGUUGCCAUUGGUUUCGCCUUAGGGGCAGGCUUUGUUUAUGGGGCAGAUUUUCUACUUCCUUAUUUGGGAAUCAACGACCCAAACAUUGCACUAGCAAUAGAGACAGGUACAAAAUAUGAGAAAGAAGAUAUACCAACAACUGUAGUUACUGAAAACAAUGGAACAUCAACAGUGAUAGAUUCCCCUGCUUUAAAUACUCGUAGUACAACUCAGCGUCGUAAACAACAAUCCCAUGAUUCUGGGGACGUCCCAAAUUAUGAAUUGAACUCUCAACAAGAUAGCAACACAGCUCGUACUAGCUGGAAGCGUAUAUUGCUUCUUAUAACUGCAAUCACUAUACAUAAUAUACCAGAGGGACUAGCAGUAGGGGUCGGCUUUGGUGCUGUUGGAAAAACUGCAUCAGCUACUUUUGAAAAUGCUAGAAACCUAGCUAUAGGGAUAGGCAUACAGAACUUCCCAGAGGGUCUAGCAGUUAGUCUUCCACUCAGGGCAUCAGGAAUGUCAAUGUUAAAAAGUUUUUGGUAUGGUCAGUUAAGUGGUAUGGUAGAACCAGUUGCCGGCAUAUUUGGUGCCCUGGCGGUGGUGAUAGCCGAACCAAUCCUUCCAUAUGCUCUCGCUUUCGCAGCUGGGGCCAUGAUCUACGUCGUAUUUGAUGACAUCAUUCCCGAAGCUCAGAUAUGUGGAAAUGGCAAGCUAGCAUCUCUUGGAGGCAUAGUUGGCUUUAUCCUGAAUUUUAAAGUAUCUAGAUGUACACUUACUAUGGUAACGGUCUCCUAUUUUAUCUACUUAUACCAGAAGCAGACAUCAAUGAAAAUCGUGACAUCAGUUGAGAUGCUUACUCUAUAA